CUCGUGAGUACAGCCUAACCUUCAUUUACAACACGGGGACGUGGCGGAGAGGCCGGUGGGAGAUGCUUGCUGCGCCGCCGCUGCUGCUGCUGCUGCUGCUGCAGUCGACGGCCGAGCUGUUCCACGCGCCCUCCCUGCUCGAGACCCUCUGCUGCCUGAGCAGGAGCCUGGGCACCGGCGGAGUUGUGCUGUACGGCGGCGCGCACCACCCAGGUGAGACAGGCGAGGUGAGUCUCCUGCGGGGCCUGGCGCUGCGGCGAGUGCCUGUGGCCUGGGCGCGCCUGGGCGCCGCGACGCCUGGGGGCGGGCACAGCUGGGGGCGGCGCCCGCUCGCCGUGCUGCUGGCGGCGGACCACGGCACCGCGGCCUGGCUGGACCAGGUGAGUCUCCUGCGAGGCCUGGCGCUGCGGCGAGUGCCUGUGGCCUGGGCGCGCCUGGGCGCCGCGACGCCUGGGGGCGGGCACAGCUGGGGGCGGCGCCCGCUCGCCGUGCUGCUGGCGGCGGACCACGGCACCGCGGCCUGGCUGGACCAGGUGAGUCUCCUGCGGGGCCUGGCGCUGCGGCGAGUGCCGGUGGCCUGGGCGCGCCUGGGCGCCGCGACGCCUGGGGGCGGGCACAGCUGGGGGCGGCGCCCGCUCGCCGUGCUGCUGGCGGCGGACCACGGCACCGCGGCCUGGCUCGACCAGGUGAGUCUCCUGCGGGGCCUGGCGCUGCGGCGAGUGCCUGUGGCCUGGGCGCGCCUGGGCGCCGCGACGCCUGGGGGCGGGCACAGCUGGGGGCGGCGCCCGCUCGCCGUGCUGCUGGCGGCGGAGCACGGCACCGCGGCCUGGCUGGACCAGGUGAGUCUCCUGCGAGGCCUGGCGCUGCGGCGAGUGCCUGUGGCCUGGGCGCGCCUGGGCGCCGCGACGCCUGGGGGCGGGCACAGAUUUCUCCAAUAAAUAAUAAAGGCAUUAUUUCAUUGCUUCAUUCCUAUAUGUAAU